CUGACCACAGUGUGCCGGUUAACAAAUUUCUGCAUAUGUGUCGGAGCAACAUGGCGGAGUACGAUCUCACCACCAAAAUCGCCCACUUUUUAGAUCGUCAUCUUGUUUUCCCUCUUCUGGAGUUUCUGUCCGUUAAGGAGAUCUACGAUGAGCAAGACUUGCACAAAGGAAAACUGGAGCUCCUCAGUGACACCAACAUGGUGGAUUUUGCCAUGGAUGUCUACAGGAGCCUUUAUUCCGAAAGCGAGAUCCCUCAAACUCUGCGGGAAAAAAGGACAGAGGUUGUGGCCCAACUGAAACAGCUGCAGUCGGAGACAGAACCUAUUGUUAAAAUGUUUGAGGAUCCAGAAACAACAAGGCAGAUGCAAUCCACAAGAGAUGGGCCAAUGCUCUUCGAAUAUUUGGCAGAAAAGCAUAACUUCCGCCAGGAGUACUUGGACACGCUGUACAGAUACGCCAAGUUUCAGUACGAGUGCGGCAACUACUCCGGAGCCGCAGAAUACCUCUACUUCUUCAGAGUCUUGGUUCCUUCUACAGACAGGAACGCCCUCAACUCUCUGUGGGGUAAACUGGCCUCUGAGAUCUUGAUGCAGAACUGGGACGCUGCCAUGGAGGAUCUUGCCAGGCUGAGGGAGACCAUCGAUAACAAUUCUGUGAGCUCUCCUCUCCAGUCGCUGCAGCAGAGAACGUGGCUCAUUCACUGGUCGCUCUUUGUCUUCUUCAACCACCCGAAAGGCAGGGACAACAUUAUUGAGCUGUUCCUCUACCAGCCGCAGUACCUCAAUGCCAUCCAGACUAUGUGCCCUCACAUCUUGCGUUACCUGACCACUGCGGUCAUUACAAACAAGGAUGUACGGAAGCGCCGGCAGGUUCUGAAGGAUCUGGUGAAAGUCAUACAGCAGGAAUCUUACACCUACAAAGAUCCAAUUACAGAGUUUGUGGAGUGCCUGUACGUGAACUUUGACUUUGACAGUGCUCAGCAGAAACUGAGGGAGUGUGAGUCGGUUCUUGUCAAUGACUUCUUCCUGGUGGCUUGCCUUGAGGACUUCAUCGAGAACGCCCGUCUGUUCAUCUUCGAGACCUUCUGCAGGAUUCAUCAAUGCAUCAGCAUCGGCAUGCUGGCAGACAAGCUCAACAUGCCGCCAGAGGAGGCAGAGCGGUGGAUUGUCAACCUGAUCCGCAACGCCAGGCUGGAUGCUAAGAUUGACUCUAAACUGGGCCAUGUGGUCAUGGGGAACAACGCCGUCUCCCCUUACCAGCAGGUGAUUGAGAAGACCAAGAGCCUUUCCUUCCGCAGCCAAAUGCUGGCCAUGAACAUCGACAAAAAGCAGGUCCAAAGCAAAAGGAACGAGACUCCGAGCUGGGCUGGUCAAGAUUCUGGAUUUUAGAUGAUCUAGCGAGAAAUCAUUCGAACAUCUACUCCCACAUUUCUCUCUGGAAAACAAAGUGCUAUUUUGUUAAAGCAUCAACAGUUCAAUAAAAGUGACCAAGCAACGCUGUG